GGAUGGACGAGGGACUGCGAGACUGCAGGCACGAGCUAGAGAUGGCGUCGCGCCGACGUCAGCCUUGGCAGCGCCAACGCGCCUUCCACCACCGCUUCACUAAGGUACACACUCCCGGCUUCAUGUUCCUUACAUGUACCUUUGCUUGCAUCACAUUCGUGUCAACUUCACAUGAUAUCGUGCGAAGCGCGCGGCAUGUCCUUCGAUCCACUUCAUCGACAGUCAUGCUGGGAAUGGACAGGUCUUGCUCCGGGCGCGUACACACGUGACUAACCGCAGGACUCCACGCGCAGAAGAGAGUAAUAAUAUCGAUCCAACCCAACCGCCGAGAUGCAGCCAACGCGCGCGCCACUGCGGAGUCGAUGCAGCUCAAGCCUCCAGCUCGUGCUCGCGUAGUCAGUCUGUGGCGGCCAAUGGCACCACGUUACACCAUUCACGUCUCUAUAUUCUCUACGCGCCCAGCUCGGCGCUUAGCACUUCCACUCGCUCGAAUUCGAAGGCAACCUCCUCCCCGACCGUCGCUCAUUUGCAUGGCCCAGUGUUAUCAUUCGCCGUCCCAGGAGGCCCCGUUUGGGCCUGAUGGGACGGCGCCGGCCUCCAAGCGCUAUUGGAAUAUUGUGUGUAGGUUAUGCCUUUCCUUUUAUCCCGCUACACGUCCCGAUAUCCAUGGUAUCUUCCUUUCAUUCCGCUACACCUCCCGGCAAUCGUCAUUAUCUUCUUUCAUACCCACUCCAUUGCUGGCUGCCGGUCCUUCACGCCAGGCCUCUCCAUUGACACCACGUCGGGGCAGCAUGGCUCUCCGUGUCUUUCCUCCUACCGUCACUCAGCCUCGUAAAUCCAGCCUGAAGAAACCGAAAUCAAGCGAUGCAAUGGUCGGCGAGGCCAAAGGUGUCGCUUUCCAAGUCAAGCCGACCACUGCCUCGCCUGUUAUAGUGCAGGCCGCCGACCGUCACAUCAAGCAUGCUCUCUUUUGCGAGCCAUCCUCCUCCAGUGGAGCCUUGGGCUCGGGCUCUUUCAGGAGGCAGCUACGAGAAAGCAGACACUCUUCAGUAGCAGCAUCAGACGUCACCUCCAUCCGCUGUGACUCUCCCGUCGACGGGAACGACGAUCGGCUCUCGCCACUACCUGAGAAUAGUAGUUUUGGCUCGCCAUCCUCCCGUACCCGGCUCUCUCCUGGAACAGAGCGGCCAGCUUUUCCUCUGAAUGUCUCGACGGAGGCGCAGCCGAGCACAACAACGCCGGUCAGUCCAAGUGGGGAUAAGCUCACCGCUCUGCCGGAAACCGCACGCUUUACCCCAGCGACAUCACCCCCCAGAGCAGAUUACCCGGCCACCACCCGCUCGAGGCCAUCGACAAGCCCCACGCUUGCCUAUGGCUGGAGUCCAGCCAGUUCCGUGCCGCCGUACAGUCCUCACGACCCUGCACGCCAGCCGUCCAUCUUUCCGCGCUGGGACCCCAGCAAGCCGCUGGGUCAGCAACAGUACUACCCGCACAUUCGCUCGUCCACUCCGACACAACCAAUUUCGGAGAAGAUGAUCAAGGGCGCGAGUUCAAGCACGAAGAGGCACACCCUACCACCACUUGAUCUGGAGCUCGUCAAUCCCACCGCCACCGUGGUCCUCGGCUACGAACAUAUCCCCGUGGCCAACAGCUCAGACCUACUAGAAGUGUGGAAUGCUUCCUGCGAUAAACAUCCCGGCACCGGCAGGAAAGCACUGUUCCGCUUGAUUCAGCCGCGCAACGAAGGCACGGCCCUCGCCAUCGGCGUUGCAGACGACGCUCUUCUCUGGUCUAUGAAGAAGAACAAGCCUGCAGUCGCGGCCCCGGACGUCGAGCCUCCGGAACUGCUGAUGAUUUCCAAGCAUCCACCUGGAAACCCAGAUGUUCAGACCGUGGCCCAGCUCGCCCUUCCAGACGGCGCUCCUCCAGACCAAAGUGCGCCGGCAGAAGAUGACUAUGUGAGCAUCUUCCCUCAUAUGGCUGCCAUCAACGCGAUCGAUGCGGUCGCGAAUUCCCCGGAGGCAGCGGCAAUUGCACAAGCCGACCCGACUGCAAAAUCUCCCGAAGCUGCAAAGCUAGCUCAAGAUGCCGUCUCGGCGGCACACCAGCGCUGUCGGUCUGUCCUCGUGCGCACAACACGCGAGCGAGACGGCUUGGGUGCCGUCACUGCCACGUACAGACUCGAGCAUCCGACCCUCUGCUCGUUCCCUCUUACCGUCACCAAAUCCAAGGAAGGGAGAUACGCGCGCGACCCCCGAGCAAACAUUAGUCUGCACCAUCCUUCCGCCACGCCGGCCGCCGUGGCUGCAGAGACGCUCGUCCUGGCCUUUCUGGACUUUGCGCGCGACGCCUGUGUGCUCGACGUUCCGGGCCUUUUGGCCUUGGAGGGCUCUUACAUCAUCGACACGGUGAUGUGCGCGCUGCUGGCAGUCGCGGUGAUUGAGAACGACGCUCUCAAGGGCAAACGCAUGACCUUUGAUGCACCUCCGAAAUCGCCCCUACCUGUGGCCAAGCGGGAGUCACGGGCUGUUUCGGUAGAAACGAACACAACGAAGGAGUCAAGACGAUCAAAUGGCUUGCUCCGACGGAACAAGAAGAAGAGGAAGGAGGAGAUCGAACUACCUGUCCUGACGCAGGGAGCGCUGGCGCUGCUUGGCUUUUCCUUCAAAGUGGCUGUGUGGACGCUGGAGCUGGGGGUGAAGGCUACGGCGGGCGUGAUUAUUGGGACAUCGCAUGUAAUGAGCAAGGCGUAGGUUGAAGAUAGAGGAGAAUGGAGAUUUGCAAUCCUUCUGCACGCAUUUCGACCUGCAUCACAUGCGCUGUCAAGCCACAGCCUUGGGAUCUGAUUCGCGCGAAAUUUGCUCAGAC